UCCCCUGCGCCCCGGCCCUCGCAAGAUGGCGGUGCUGGGGGCACCGCGGGGCCUGGCGGCCGCAGCCUCCCACAAGCGGCGGCUGCUGCUCGCCCUGGCCCUGCUGCGCCCGCCGCCCGCCGCCGCCGUCGCUUGCUUCUCCGGGGGGACGGUGGGGAGCGGGCGGCGACGCUUCCGAGCCCCCCCGGGGGCCGCACAGAUUCCACCAAUCUGCAGGCAAAGAUCAUGGCACAGUCUGGGAGGGAAUUACUCAAGGCCGUUAUUGGAGCAUUCAGAGAUCCUGCCCAGGUGGCAACUGAUAGAGAAGAGGAUGUGUUGGCAUGGCCAUGCUGGUGGAGGGCUUCACACAGAUCCAAAGGAAGGGCUGAAGGAGAUCGAUGCUGGCAAGAUCCUGCGGGCCAUGCUGUCCUACGUGUGGCCCAAGGACAGGCCGGACCUGCGGGCCAGGGUCGCCGUCUCCCUGGGCUUCCUGGCAAGUGCCAAGGCCAUGAAUAUAUUGGUUCCCUUCAUGUUUAAAUAUGCAGUGGACAGUCUCAACGAGGUGUCUGGGAACGUGCUCAACCUCGGCGACGCGCCAAGCACCGCGGCCACCCUGGCCACCGCUGUCCUCGUGGGCUAUGGUAUCUCAAGAGCUGGGGCAGCGUUAUUUAAUGAAGCGAGAAAUGCAGUAUUUGGGAAGGUAGCUCAAAAUUCAAUCAGGAGGAUUGCCAAGAAUGUUUUCCUGCACCUUCACAACCUGGAUCUGGCCUUCCAUCUGAGCAGGCAAACAGGAGCACUGUCAAAAACCAUCGACAGAGGCACCAGGGGCAUCAGCUUUGUUCUCAGUGCUUUGGUGUUCAACCUGGGACCCACAAUGUUUGAAGUGGCUCUGGUCAGUGGAAUCCUGUAUUACAAAUGUGGUGCUGAGUUUGCUUUGGUGACCCUGGGGACGCUGGGAGCCUACGCAGCGUUCACGAUAGGAGUCACACAGUGGAGGACUAAGUUUCGGAUAGAAAUGAACAAAGCUGACAACGACGCCGGUAACGCUGCCAUUGACUCGCUCCUGAAUUAUGAGACUGUGAAGUAUUUCAAUAAUGAAAAAUACGAAGCCCAACGGUAUGAUGAGUUCCUGAAGAUCUAUGAAAAUGCCUCUCUGAAGACUACCUCUACUUUAGCUCUCCUCAACUUUGGCCAGAGCGCUAUUUUCAGUGUGGGUUUAACAGCCAUCAUGGUGCUGGCCAGCCAGGGCAUUGUUGCAGGCAGCCUUUCUGUUGGAGAUCUGGUGAUGGUGAAUGGAUUGCUGUUCCAGCUUUCUCUGCCCCUGAACUUCCUGGGAACAGUGUACAGAGAGACAAGACAAGCACUGAUAGAUAUGAAUACCUUGUUUACACUUCUCAGUGUAGAUACCAAAAUUAAAGACAAAGAGCUGGCUCCACCCCUGCAGAUCACCCCCCAGACUGCUUCCAUUGCCUUUGACAAUGUGCACUUUGAAUACCUGGAGGGGCAGAAAGUCCUUGCUGGAGCGUCCUUUGAAGUCCCUGCAGGGAAGAAAGUGGCCAUUGUAGGAGGUAGUGGGUCAGGGAAAAGCACCAUUGUGAGGUUAUUAUUUCGUUUCUAUGAACCUCAGAAAGGAAAUAUUUAUGUUGCUGGACAGAAUAUCCAAGAUGUCAGUUUGGAAAGUCUGAGGAAGGCAAUAGGAGUUGUACCUCAGGAUGCUGUUCUGUUCCACAACACCAUCUACUACAACCUGCAGUACGGGAACACGGGCGCCUCGGCGGAGGCGGUGCACGCGGCGGCGCGCCUGGCCGGCAUCCACGACGCCAUCCUCAGGAUGCCCAACGGCUACAACACCCAGGUCGGGGAGAGAGGCCUCAAGCUCUCAGGAGGAGAAAAGCAAAGAGUUGCAAUUGCUAGAGCAAUGUUAAAGGAGCCACUUAUUUUUCUCUAUGAUGAAGCCACAUCAUCUUUAGAUUCAAUUACAGAAGAGAACAUCCUCAAAGCCAUGAGGGCCAUGGUGAAGCACCGCACGUCGAUUUUCAUCGCGCACAGGUUGUCCACGGUGGUGGAUGCAGAUGAGAUCAUCGUGCUGGAUCAGGGUAAGGUCGCAGAACGCGGCACCCACGCAGAGCUCCUGGCGAAUCCCAGCAAUCUCUACUCUGAGAUGUGGCACACACAGAGCAGCAAAGUGCUCCACACUCACAACCACCCCAGCUGGGAGGAGAGAAACAGCCAGACAGCCAAGGAGGAGGAAAGGAAGAAGCUAGAAGAAGAAAUUAUCAACAGUGUGAAAGGCUGUGGGAACUGUUCAUGCUGAAUAGGAUCCCGGAUCUUGUAUAGCAGGUUAAAAAUGCACAAGAAUACAGUGAAAAUACAGUGAAAUGCAGCUCUUGUUUUUAAGUCAGCAUUCAAAAACUUCGGGGUUUUGCAGUUUUUGGAUUUUACACUUUCACAGCGGGACAUAAUUUCAACCAAAGGAAUUCUAUUUUUACAUCUUUAGGAAUCUCUAAUAUGCAGUGGCACCUACAACAGCUGAGCUUUUUCAAAAACUUUAAACUUCUCAACCAAGGGUGUAAUUUAUGGCAAUUUUUAGGCAUUGGUAAAUUCUCCUGAUAGUCGCCUGAUGUGGAUUAUUAAAUUGUAAACAGACUUGUCCUUGAUUUACAUUAUUUCUCAUCAUUGAUGGUUGAUAAAUGCGUCAUGUUUUAAUUGUAAUUGGGCUAAUUUGAGCUCAUUUGCCAGUAAGGAAGAUGCCUUUUAAAUUCUUCAGUGAUGUUCUGGUUUAAAAUCUUCUUCCUUGUAAAGAAUAAGAACAGUCUCAACGAAAUGUUAGGCUUCUAGUAGCAAACUAAAUAUUGGAAUCACCCCUCUCACCUUUCAGAAGCACCUUUCAUAUUGCAUUAUCAGGAAAUGGAUUGAUACUAUUCUAAGGGAAAACUAACAGUAUUGUUAAGUGAAAAAUGAACAAAUCCAAGUUCAGAAUUCUGUAUCAUCAGCAUCUGCUGUAGUAGUCAAAGCAGAAUGCAGUCACUCUUUCUAGUUCAGUCAUGGUCUUGAGAAGCAAUUAAGAUUCAAUAAAGACUUCCAUAAAUUUCCAUUAUCCCAUUAAUGUAUGAGAAAAUGACCUGGAUAAUGCUGAAAGCAUUGCUAUAAUAAUCUCCUCCUUUCAACAGCCAAAACUUCUCCAGUGGGAGGAAACCUCAGCCUUUGGGAUCUGCAGGACACUGGGGUGUGUCGGGGCUGGGUGGGGCUGCAGGGUCACCUCUGGGAGAAGGUGCCAGAAGCUUCCCCGUGUCCAGCAGAGCCAGGCUGAGCACGUCACCGACAGGGCAGUGCACGGACUGGGGAAGGGAGGAAAAGCCUUGUGAGAGUGAGAACUGCAGCCAGAGAGAGCAGUGGGAACAUGGGAGAGCAACAGCCCUGCAGACACCAGGGCAGGGGAGAAGGAGGGGCAGGAGGAGCUCCAGGCACUGGAGCUGAGAGUCCCUGCAGCCCAUGGAGGUCCAUGAUGGAGCAGAGAGCCUCCUGCAGCCCAUGGAGGUCCAUGAUGGAGCAGAGAGCCUCCUGCAGCCCGGGAAGGAGCAGAGAUCCUCCUGCAGCCCAGGAAGGAGCAGAGAUCCUCCUGCAGCCCAGGAAGGAGCAGAGAUCCUCCUGCAGCCCAGGAAGGAGCCCUGGAGGGAGCAGAGAUUGUCCUGCAGCCCAGGAAGGAGCCCUGGAUGGAGCAGAGAUCCUCCUGCAGCCCGGGAAGGAGCCCUGGAUGGAGCAGAGAUCCUCCUGCAGCCCGGGAAGGAGCCCUGGAUGGAGCAGAGAUCCUCCUGCAGCCUGGGAAGGAGCCCUGGAUGGAGCAGAGAUGCACCUGCAGCCCGGGAAGGAGCCCAUGCUGGAGCCAGGGGGAUGUUCCCUGAGGAGCUCUGACCCUGGGGAAGCCCACACUGGAUCAGGCUCCUGGCAGCACCCAUGGAGAGAGGAGCCUGUGGUGGAGCAGGAUUGCUGGGAGCCCAUGGGGGACCCACACUGGAGCAGCCUUGUGCUGAAGGACUGCACCCUGUGGCAAGGGGACACAUGGAAAAGACACCCCGGGGCAAGGGAAGAGAAUGAGGAGGAAGGAGCAGCAGGGACAACGUGCUGAACUGACCACAGACCCCAUUCCCCACCCCCUGCACUGCCUGGAAGGAGGGGAGAACUCUGAAGUGAAAUUGAGCCUGGGGAGAAGGCAGGGAGGGGAGGAAGGUGUUUUAAGAUUUUAUUUCAUUUUCUCAUUUACCCGACUCACACUUCUAAUUCACAGUAAAUGAAGUUAAUUUCCCCAAGUGGAGUCUGUUUUGCCCAUGACAGUAAUUGCUGAGUGGUCUCUGCCUGUCCCUGCCUCCUCCCACGGUCCUUUCUGGAUGUUCUCUCCCCUGCCCAGCUGGGAGGGAGAGGCUGGGGGGACACCCAGCAUCCAGCCAGGCUCAUCCCACCACAACAGGGUUGUAUUUUUAGGCCUUGUCUCUCCAGGGAGCAUCUCUUUAGCACGAGCUGUCCUGGUAAUUCUUCAUGUUGAAUUCAAGAACUAAAAUCUUUCUCUUGGAUGCUGAAAGAUAACUUUGUUAUUUCUGGGGAAUUACACCGGUAUAAUUACACUGAUAUAAUUACGUUUGUAAAUCAGAUGCAAGAUUUCUCUGUGUGGGCACUAGGGAAGGGCUGAAUUUGGUGCUUCUGGAAAUUUAAUUGCAAAUAGCAUUUAUUUUUUUGUUAUCCCCUCCCCUACAACUAAAAAUAGGAACAUAACUUAAAAGGAGUGAAACCUUUGCUAGUUACUUAUUUUCUCUCUUAAAAUGAUGGGUGAAAAAACAACCUCGCAUCAGUCUCCACUUAAAAAUGAUUCUAAAAGCACUUUAAUUUUCAUCCUUGGAGUGCAGAAGCAAAGUGAAGUCCAGUUAAUGUAGUGGCAAUGCAGAAUUCCAGCUUACAACCAUUCCUUUAUUUUCCCUGAUUGUCUCCUGGUUGAGCUGCUGACAGCAGUGAGGGGCCUGUAGUGGUGCAGUGAUCUCCCAGCUGCCAGAAAUAGCAAAGGUUUAUUGAAAAACUUAUUUAUGAGGAAUCUCCCUUUCCUGCAUCAUGACAAACCCUGAACUGUGGCUCUUCCCCUGCUCUGCAAGAGCUGAUUUUUGGAAUGAAUCUGUCUCUGUUCAUGUAGCAGGUAACAGGCAAAGGCUGUAAAUAGUAAUAUUUCAAUCCUAAGAUUGUUUUCCUUUUGGCACAGAGGUGAGAAAUUGCUCUGGUUGGAAAUGUGGAGGGAGAGGGGUUUUCUCAGUGAAAAGUUUUCCAUGUUCUGGGCUUGGAUGUCCCAGAAGUCCCAACAGGGUGCACAAAAUUGGGAAUUGUGAAAUGUCUGGAAUCAAAAACCACUUUAAUGCCAAGUCUGAUUGUGUUUGUGAGGGACAAUUUCAGAUGAAAGCUGAUGGAUUUUAUCACUGGGGAGGGACUUUGCAAGGACUGAGUGUCUUGGGCAUUCUAGGUUUGGAAUGAGGAUGGUUUUCAGGUGGAAAAUGCCAGGAAUUAGCAAUAAUUGUUUAAACCUGUAGGGUUUGGUGCAGCUCUAAGCCAUUACCUGUCUCUGCCAUCCUUUUAUGCCAGUGGAUGUGCUGCAGCUCUGUCCAACUUUAAAUGGAAUGACAGGAGGGAACUUCUUUAUUUUUUUUCAUUUAAAUUUUGAGUUUUUAUUGCUGUACUUUGACUCCAGAGUGUCACCACUGAAGCAGAUGCUUAAAGCACUGAAUGGGAGAGUGGUGGCUUUGGAGAGACCCUUGGGACAUCUGCCUGGCCCCUCUCAGAAAAGCCUUACAAUCCCCACAGGAACAGAUUGAUCUGGGGGCUCUCUCCCAGCCUCAGUGGAUCUUGGUAAUUCUGCUCUGCUGCAAACUGAAACAUCCUUUUUCUAAACAGCAGCUUCUCAUAUUCUGGACUUGUAGCUGGUUGUUGUUCAAAAUUGAAGUUAUCUACUCCCAUUAUAAAAUCCAAUUUUAGAGUAGAAAAAGACAUUUAAUUUUUUUCCUUCAUUUUCUGUUUUUAGAGGAAAUGUGUUUGUAGAAAAUGGACAUUAAAAAGGAGCUGCUGCUUGCAGUGUGUAGUGAUCUGUUAACUGUGAACUUACAGAAAUCAAUCCUAAUUCCCAUGUAAAAACUUUAUAGACUCAGGAUAACGAGUCACAACACACAAAAUUUGGGCUAUUUUAACCUCCAAGUUAGGAAAUGUAAUGAGUUAUUGGCAGGGAGGUUGUGCUUUUUCCAAGUGGAUGUUCAAAGCUUACUCCUUGCACAUGAUCCCUCAGGUGUUCUCAGCUCUUCUGUUCCAUGGAGUUACAGCUACCUGCAUCUCUCAACACUGAGAUUCUGCUCAAGUUUCUUCUCAGAAUGGAAAUGUAAAACUUACAUUGUAAGGAAGGUGACACGUUCCAGAACAACACAGAAAGCUUGGUUGAGAUGAGAUUGUGUAACCCUUCCCCUGGAAGACUCCUUACCCCACUGCUGUCCUUCAUCUGUGUGUAGAUAAUUCUUACUAAAUAAAGGAUUUAUCUUUGUGAAUAGAAA